GGUUCAGCAGGACAGAGCCGAACAGGCGAAGGGUCCAUUGAAAGUCGGAAGUUGGUUUUUGGGUUAGUGAAACUUGACAAGAUGGCAGAAGACAACAGCUACGAGUCAAUGCUCUGUGUAAAGCCAGAGGUCCAUGUUUACCGGAUCCCGCCGCGGGCCUCUAACCGCGGAUAUCGUGCUGCAGACUGGAAGCUGGAUGAACCUGCGUGGAGUGGAAGGAUGAAAAUAACUGCCAAAGGAAAGAUGGCCUACAUUAAGUUGGAGGAUAAAAAUACAGGAGAGCUGUUUGCACAAGCUCCAGUCGAACAGUAUCCAGGUUGUGUCGUGGAAGCAGUAACAGACUCCAGCAGGUAUUUUGUGAUCCGGAUAGAGGAUGGCAACGGACGUCAUGCUUUUAUUGGUCUGGGUUUUGCUGAUCGUGGAGACUCAUUUGACUUUAAUGUCGCUUUACAAGACCAUUUUAAAUGGGUGAAACAAGAAGGUGAGCUCGCAAAACUGGAAGCUUCUCAGAGCGCAGCACCUAAACUGGACCUGAGCUUCAAAGAGGGACAGACCAUCAAAAUCAGCAUCGGGAACAUCAAGAAGAAGGACGCAGGUGGUGCCAAACAACGACCCAUGGCUGGUGGCCUGCUCCCUCCUCCACCUGGAGCAAAGGCUGGAGGUAUCCUGCCACCUCCGGGAGGAGCACAAACAGUCCCACUUGCACAGGCGAACACCGCUCCUCUUCUAGACUUCGGCUCGCCCGUUCCUGCACCCCAGCCCAGCUCCGACGUGUGGGGAGAUUUCACAUCCGCGGGUUCCAACUCCAGUACAGAUGCUGUCAAGUCAGGAUGGGUGCAGUUUAGUUGAGCUGUAAGAAAACGUGCAGACACUCAGGUUCCAAACAUUCCACGGACAGGACGAUUGUGGCGAAAGAUUUAUAAUUUUUCAAAAAAGAAAGUAAGAGGGGAACUGUUAGGAGACUCAUUUGCUGCACUUACUCUCACUCCCUCUGACCAGCACACUCUGGAAGAACAAACUUUAAAAUGUGUAUAUUUUUACAAUCUCCUGUUUCCCCACACUCUGCUAUGCAGUAGGAUCGAUCAUUUUAAAUAGUCGGUUAACCACUGAAGUGUAAAUGAAGUGUCCGAAAAGGUCGUCUCUUCACACUAACUUGAUCAGCUGUUUCUCUAUAGCUUUAAAUCAGAUGUUCUCAUGUUUUCAUCUUCAAUCUGUCUAUAAUUAUGAGUAGAUUUGAUUGUGCCUAUGUGCUCUUGCGCUGUCCUUUAAUGGUCUGAUUUCACCAGCACCGUUCAGCUAAAGGUUUUUUGUUUUUUGGUGGACAUUUGAGAAAAUAGUUGGUAUGUCCCUGUUUUGUUUAGCUGUUUACAAAAAUAUGUGUUGUUUUUCGGCUUAUAGCUACUCUCAUCUUUCUGAUUCUUCUUUUAGUACACCUGUUGAAGUUUUAUUGAUCAUUUAUAAUUAGUUUUACAUUAACUUUCCUACCCUCUCAUUAUUUUUUUUUAAUCGUAUGUGAGGGGGAAAAAAAGUCAUUUCUGUCUGUCGUUCAAAGCCUCGACGUGUCUUGUUGGUGUGUUUGUCCUUCGUGUGUCUUUGCCUCACGUUUUAAAUUGUGCCUUUUACCCAGCUGAAACUUCCUUACCCCUGUUGGCAAUUGCAUCGACUGUUUGAUUAAGUGCCUUCCUGAAAAAAGUAUAUUGUAUAAAAUAUAAACCUAUGUCUUCUUGUAAAUAAACUAUAUAUAUUUCA